UGUCGCAAAUUUCAUCUAAUGCUUAGCCCUCAAUAUGAAAUCAUGACAUUUGCUUUCAAUUCGCCAUCGGUUGAGGGCAAUCAAACAGACUUUCUCAGCAUCAACUAAACUUGGAUCCUUCCAGUUUCCAUCCGUAUAGUGAAGCCUAGUUCUAUCCGUAGCUAAUUAAAAUGUCCGCAGAACCUAUCCUUAGCGGCAGCGAUCUGACAGAAGAGAUAACUGAGCUACGGGAAGAAGUGCUGACGUACAAACCAGGCAAUGUAUCAACAUGUGCAGAUAAAAUAGAAUUUCCGGAACAACUGUAUAUAGGGCUCUUUGGCCGGACAGGAUGCGGAAAGACGUCACUGAUCAAUUCACUCAAGUUUGCUGCCCAUGGCAAACUCCGACGAUCACAAUGGCAGCAGGCUGCUGGCCAGGAGAAGGCUGGAGGACACACCAUGUUCAGAAAGCUAGCUGAUAUUACCAAGAAGAUUUUUGUGAUUGACAACCGAGGUCUUGAUGAACCAAAUACAGAAAAGGCGAUUACUGAACUAGCCUUACAAUUGGAUGGAGACCGAGGUUACUCUGAGAGUGUCGAGUGGCAGGGAGCUAGUGAUGGGAAUCAUACCGAUGAUACAGAGGAUGGAGACCUGGAUCUAAGCGGACUUGAUCUCAAAACGGGACAUCCAAUUGGCUGCGCUAUCUUUGUUUUUAGCGCCCGCCAUGACAUAGAUACUAAUAUUACUGGACUAGCUGAGGUCAUUGACUUUUUACAUAGCCAUCAGGGACGCUACCCGGUGGCUAUCAUAACUCAUGUUGAUGUCGCAGAAAAGAACCACGUGGAGGACCUCAAGACCGUCCUGCGAGUCUCCGGAGUAAGCGAUAUUUUCGAAGUGGCAAACCUGACCACUGAGAAGAAAUUGCUGGAGGAGCCCUACCAGCACAGUCUGCUCUCUCUCCUGGAGCGGUGCAUGACGGAUGGAGAUGAGACUCUCAUCUUCAAGUAUUACCAGCGCAAGGAGCAACAGCGCAAGAAGGAGAUUGAGAAGAGGCGGGAAGAGAAGAGACGUAAGCAAGAGGAGGAGCGAAUAGCAGAAGCCUGUCGACAAAUGGCUGAGAAGGAGCGCAUCGAGAGGGAGAAUCAGAUGAGAAGGGAGUUGGAGGACCAAAGGCGUGCGAUUGAGAGGGAACGGGAACGGGCUGAGAAGCAGGAGAGAGAAAGACAGGAGCAAGAGAGGAAUCGACGCUAUCAAGACGCCAUUGAAAGGGUAGAGAGGGAAAAGCAGUCGGAGAUUCGCCGAAUCAUGGAAGCUAAUAAGAAAGACGACAGUAGUUGUGAAAUAAUGUAAUGAAUCUAAAGCCCGUUGUGAGGGAGAUGUUAUUAGCCCGACGUAGAACUGUGUCAAAGAUUGGCACAGUCCAUGAUACGCCAUGAAUGUGAGGGAAAUAUUGUAAAAGUUUAUUGCAAAUUCGAUAAACAGUGCACCCACUGUUGUAAUUAAUAACUGGCUUCACAUCCUUCAUUAGGGGCAACCAAUAACGCGAUCAAACCAUGCGACGUCUCGUGUACAAUCGACAUAAUUACGUUUCAACGUACACACAACCAUUCUACAAUUAUCUGACUUGUUCAUACUAGAAGAUACUUAAUUCUAUUUUAAAACAAAUAUAUAUCAACAAAUUUAUGCAAUUAUUCUGGUUUUCAAACAGAUCAGUCACUUGAAUCAAUAAAACAUAUUGUAGUUAUUUUUAUGAUGAGGCAAUUUGUUGCAUCCAUACCGAAAUGCCUAGAGCAUGCUGCAGGAAUAACCGGUCUUAUCUCAAUGCAAAAGAGACAUGGCCCUAAAUCAAGAUGGGAACCACUGACAGGAUUUCGUCACAGAUGGCACCCAACUUUAAUCAAGUUAAAAACUUCUAAGUAUCUUGUUUAACUUUGUAGCUGUCAGCAUGACGGAUCUUUUAACACGCAAGGCACAUGAUUACGUGCCAAAAACUCACAAUCUAAUAUGCAGCAAGUACUAAGUUAUCCUUCUUUAGAGCCCGUGUCGAAAACAUACUUUUCUAUAUGGCGCCGAAUCGACCAAAUGAAUCACAACUUGUGUAUAGAAUAUCAUGUUUUGUGCUUAAUGACUAGAACCAGUCUCCAGGCACAGACUUUAAUUAAAUUGACACUUUAUCCAAACAUCAUAAAGCCUUGGGUAGAGCCUAGCUAUGUCAAUUUCUGACUAAAAGACAGAGCCUACGGUAGUUUCAUAAUGCAGACAAUUUUUGAUAUGCAUAACGACUGACAAGGGUUUCUGCGUGCAAACUAGUCUUUACGGGGGAGGUGGGGGAAAGUGCGACCAGGUCGACUCCAAUUGCUCCAAGUAUCCAGUAAAAAUGGGCUGCGAAUAAACACAUUGUUUAUAAUUAUAUCUUGAUUGUACUUCUUACACAUGUAUUUGAUAUCAAUAUUUGACACGAUGAUUAGCCUCCAUGGAUUUCUCAAUUUGUAUAUAUGUUUAUCGUCUAUUAGACUCGUGUUUCAUAUAAUCAUAUCUUAUAGUGGAUGUAUCCUUACUAGUUUUCAAAUGUGUUUUUUAAAUUGCGAGCAAUUCAGCCAUUGGCUGCCAUUCAC